AGGAAGGCAGGGGUAAAGGGCGAUGGGGUAAAAAGUGCCCUUUGUUAAUUCUGUAGGGACUGAAAUCCUUGUCUAGGAAUGUGCUGCCACCUCAGAACCAGAGGGACGUUUUCUGUGUCUGUUGUUUUUGUGUGUACGAUUGGGGGAGGUGGGGCGGGGAGGUGCGCCGCAACUCAGAGAAGCUGAGAAGAGACCUCUUUGGCUGCAAGACACAGCUCAGGUGGCUGUAACCCCUAAACUGAAUUGCUGUUUUCUGGAGAGAGACUGCCGCUAAGAGGGAUGGCUUUCACAGAGCACACCCCACUAACCCCCCACCACCGGGACCUCUGCACCCGUUCUAUCUGGCUAGCAAGGAAGAUCCGUUCAGACUUGAAUUCCCUCCUAGAGGCUUAUGUUGAAUAUCAGGGCCUGAACAAGAAUGUCAACCUGGAUUCUGUGGGUGGUGUGCCAACAGCCAGCACUGAUCGGUGGAGUGAGCUGACAGAAGCAGAAAGACUCCAAGAAAAUCUCCAAGCUUAUCGCACCUUCCAUGUGCUCCUGACGGAGGUCCUGGAGGACCAGAGGGUUCAGUUCACCCCGACAGAAAGAGAUUUCCACCAGAACAUCCACAGGGUCCUGCUCCAAGUGGCUGCCUUCGCUUACGAGAUAGAGGAGUUGAUGGCGCUGCUGGGACAUCAGGCCCCAUCUCAAGAAACUGACAGCAUGCCAGGUGGGGGUGGCCCCCAAACCUUCUUGGAAAAGAAAUUGUGGGGCUUGAAGGUGCUGCAGGAGCUCACGCAGUGGACAGUAAGGUCCAUCCAUGACCUCCGUCGGAUCUCCUCUCCUGGCCAGAACAAGGUCCCGACCCGUGGGAGCCAACAGCUCGCUGAGGCCCAGCAGAUGUAGCUUCUCCCUUUGCUGUUCUCCUCUCAUCUGCAGUGUAGCAUUCAUCGUGUGGAAAAGAUGCAGUUCUCAUCUUCCUCAUCUUGAUGACCUUUAUUGAUUUAAGACGAGCUGGAGACACUGGGAAGAACGUCAUGCUGAAAGGUCCAUUCCAUUCCUGCCUUUCAGGAACCACGAGCAAAGCUUGGGUCAGUGGGCGACCCUGACUCUGCAAUGCUUUCUCACAUAGUUUUCUUCACCACAUCACUAAAUUAAGAGACCAUGGGGAUCUCCAGGCAAUCCAGACAUCCAGGAUCACCAGUCACGAUCCUUUGACUUAUUCCACUCCAGUUUCCUCUUAUUUGCCUGUUGCCAUGGGACAGAAGGAGACCGAGCUUAUGAAUGCAUAAUUACAUGUCUUGGGUCAAUGAAGAGAGUGUAGGUGAUUGCACAACUUCUCAGUACAACCUGUUGACAAUGUAUAAGGACCUCAGGAUUUGGAGUAGCAAAGAGCCUUGGUUAUGACCUAGACCAAAGAAACGCCGCUUAUCAUUGCUAGGAAACUGAGGAAAGCUACAGACACCUUUUGGCCUCUUUCAGGAAAGGACUUCCAAGUCUUCUGACCCUACUCGCUGGAGUGUUGGGAUAACAUAUUUCUAAUUUCUUAAUGAAGUGUCUCUUAUUUGUAGUUAUUAAGUACUAGGUUAGGCACAUACUAACCAUAUAACCUGACCCUUUUUUUUAGGUGAUUGAAUAUACUUAUGAACAAUACAAUUAAGAUGUUUUAACGUGUGAUAGAUGAUGUUGCUAUUCAGAUAGAAAAGCUUAUGGAACUCCUUGGUUGCCAUAUUUCUGGACUAGGUCACAAGGCAAGCGCAAGGCAUUCUCUGAGAAUGUGAUGCUGAAACACCAGAAGCUCCAACUAAUGGAUUAAGUAAGGGUAGGCUGAGAGGGGAGGAUAAAUCCUCCAGAUUAGUGAAAAAAUCUUAACUGUAGAGUAUUGGGAAUGAAAUCCUUGUAUUACUUCUGAGGGUGAUAUAUGUUAUAGAUGACCUAAUUGGUUAAUCAGAAUGGAUGAAAUUGGCAGGUUUUAUGUUGCAAAAAAGUCCUGGGGUAUGCCAUUUAAUUUAAAACUGUCUUUCUACUAUGUGAGAUGCCCCUAUACAAUGUCUGAAUCAUUACAAAUUCUCAUUCAGACCCAGACUGCUAUAAGGAUGGUUUCUUCCUCCUCUCCCCCCAUCUCCUGCCCCCAACACAUAUCAGAAAAGAAGAUGCAAUUCACUUCUUGAUCAGAUAGAAAGUAGGGCUAUAGGAACUGAGAGGAGGGAGAUGGUGAAUCCUUGUGUGGUCAGGGAACACUUCUCAGAGGAGGUGAGGCUGCAGUUUGGCCUUCAAGAUAAGUAGGGCUUGGCUGGGCGGAGGAAAGCCCUGAAUAUAGAGUCAUGAAAUGAGAAUACUCUUGAUGUGUUCACAAGGCAAUGUGAACACUGGCCUGAUAGGAGUCAGAAGUUAUAUGUUGGGGGGGAAAGGGUAGAAAGGUGGUCUUGUAUUCCUCUUGUGGGGAGAGGGAGUCAAACUAUAAAGUUUUGA